AUGUCUCUACGCUCUAUCGGCACAUCCGCAGCACCUGCAGCAGCAGCAGCAGCAGCAGCAGCAGCAACAGCUGCUGCUGCUGCAGCUGCUGCUGCUACUGAUGACACGGAGGCAGGCACUAAAGUACAACCAGCAGCAGCAGCAGCAGCAGCAGCAGCAGCAGCAGCAGCAGCAAACGAUGAUGGAAGCCCGCGGAGCGUGUUGUAUAUGAGCAGCAGCAACUUUAGCCGCAACAGCAGCAACAGCAGCAGCAGCAGCAGCAGCAGAAGCUGCUGCAGCAGCAACAGCAACAUCAGCUCCCCCAGGAUGUAUAGUCCCAGCAGCAACAGCAGCAACAGCAGCAGGAGCAGCAAACGACAGGAGAACCGCUGCAUCUGCAGCAGCAGCAGCAGCAGCAGCAGCAGAGCAGCGCACCCCGUCAGCAGCAGCAGCAGCAGCAGCAAGAACAACAACAGCAGCAACAGCAGCAGCAACAACCCUACAGGCGGCCGCUGCAGCAGCAGAAGCAGCAGCACAUCUGAGUAUGAAGGCAGCGGCAGCUUUGGGGAAGUGCAGCAGCAGCAGCAGCAGCAACAGCAGCAGCAGCAGCAGCGGCUGCUGCUGGCAAUCGAUGAAGCAGAGAGACUCGCGAGCGUCACCCUAGAGGCACAGCAGCAGCAGCAGCAGCAGCAGCAGCAGCAGCAGCAGCAGCAGCAGCAGCAGCAGAUUUGGCUGCAGCAGCAGCAGCAACAGCAGCAGCAGCAGCAGCGGCUGCUGCUGGCAAUCGAUGAAGCAGAGAGACUUGCAAGCGUCACCCUAGAGGCGCAGCAGCAGCAGCAGCAGCAGCAGCAGCAGCAGCAGCAGCAGCAGCAGCAGCAGAUAUGGCUUCCUGAGCUGCGGCCGCAGUGGAGCGUUGAGGCUCAUCUACGAUCUAUAAGAGACUUUAAAGGGUUUCCUGGGGUGUAUAAGGACGUAUAA